UUCCCUUCCUCGUUUACCUCCGACACCUCACUUAUCUGAACGCAGAACUAUUACUGCUUCUCACCGGGACCGUAUUGGACUACCACCGACAUACUUGUAGCAGCUCAAGCCACAUUCACAUGAUCAGGAGGCAAUUUGUCUUAUUUUCAAGGGGCUGUGCCACAGAGUUAAGUAGUCAACUAAAAGAUAGGUCUGGACUGGUAAUGAGAUUCACAUCUAGCUCCCUUCUUUCGAAAUCUCCAAAACAAAUUCUCCAAGUAAUCGAUUUAAGCCUAAACAUAGUAAAAUGAACCAGCUACAGAAUGUUUCUCCGCAUGCGUCAUCUUUCAUUCCUU